AUGCCUUGCAGCCGUCGCCAAGAACAACAUCGCGCCUUUAGUUGCCAUCCUGCCUGGCGUCAAGCUCACUUACCUGGAAGCCUCUUUGCGGCCAUUUUGGAACGCCACCAACACGAUGGUGCCCUUCAUCCUGUCUGGAGAAACCAGAGCAAGGCUCGUACUUCUUCUGAUGAAGAUGAUGCUCAUGUCUUGCGCAUGGACGUUCCCGGAGUCAAGGCCGACCGCAUCUCUGUUGAAGAAAAGAAUGGAGAAAUCGAGAUUACCGCCCUUCGCAUGAAUGGAGAAGAAGAAGUGAGCAAGGUCUACCAAGAAGUAUUUUACCUCAAUCCCUUUCGCUUUGAUAUUGAUCACGCCAAGGCUACUUUGACCAAUGGUGUCUUGACCUUGCGCAUUCCCAAGAACGAAGGGAGGGUGAAGAAGGUACCCGUGGAAACGGCCUCUGUCCCAAGUGAUUUGCCCAGCAACAUAUUCCAACACACCUUGGACCUUCCUGGAGUGCCUACCAGUACUUUAGAAGUCAAUUUGGUCGAGGAUCGCGUCCACUUGGUGGGCAAGCGCUCGCUGGGUGACAAACGUGUUUUGGUCCAACGCGGCUUUGAAGUACCACCCAGUAUGGACACUGUCCAAGCACGUGCACUUUUGCAAGAUGGCGUCUUUACCUUUUUAGCCCCCAUUCACGAGGCUGAAGAGGGUCAGUUGCGUACCAUUUUUGUGCACCACAAAGACGAGGACGCAGCAAUUGAGGUCGAUUCGUCUGCUGCCAUGGCCGACAUGAAGAUCACCGAUGAGGAGGCCAUCACCGACAGCAACACCAUCAAGGAAGACGAUAUGAAUGUGGAGACUGUCGACGAAGAAACCGAAUCUAAGGAGACUGACUCCUGGGAACAAGUUGCAUCCGAAGAAGAAAAGAAGUAA